AUGGCGCGCCAGAACCCAAACAUUGUCAUCACGGGUACACCCGGAGUAGGAAAGACAACACACGCUGAGCAAUUAGCGCAAGCGACAGGAUUCAAGCACGUCUCCGUGAAUCAGAUUGUCAAAGACGAGGGCUUCCAUGAGGGCAAAGAUGAGGAGACAGGGAGUUGGAUUGUAGACGAAGACAAAGUAUGUAACAUCCUUAUAACAAUCACGGUUUUCCGGGCUAAUGUGUGUUUCAUCCAGCUACUCGACCACCUGGAAUCCCUCCCCCUAGCCAGCACAGGCGGCUAUAUCCUCGACUGGCACGCGUGCGACCUGUUCCCCGAACGCUGGAUCGACCUCGUCAUCGUGCUGCGCUGCGACAGCACACUUUUAUACGAUCGUCUCACCGCGCGGGGCUACAAGGGAAAGAAGUUGGAGGAGAAUAUGGAUAGUGAAAUCAUGCAGGUUCUGCUUGAUGAGGCGAGGGAGAGCUAUAAAGAAGAGAUCGUGGUGGAGCUGAGGAGUGAGAGUAACGAGGACGUCGAGGGCAACUUGGAGCGAGUGGAGCAAUGGAUUGAGCAGUGGAGGAAAGACAGGCAGAAUGCGGAAGGGGAAGAGUAG